GGGAGGAGCCCAUCCGGGCGGGAUUGGCCCUAGGUCCACCUCAAAAAGCCUGGGGCAAGGGGCGCGACGCGUUCUGGAUGAACCCUGGAGGGCCUGUUUGGUCCGACAGACCCCACAGGCUCAGCAGGGAUUUGCGGUGUCAUGCCCCGGAGCCCCCGGACCGCGCCGAGCUGGGCGCUGUUGCUGCGGCUGCUGGCACUGCUGCGGCCGCCAGGGAUGAGCGAGGCGUGCAGCUGCGCCCCUGCGCACCCCCAGCAGCACGUCUGCCACUCAGCGCUCGCCAUACGGGCCAAAAUCUCCAGUGAGAAGGUAGUUCCUGCCAGUGCAGACCCCACUGACACUCAAAAAAUGAUCCGGUAUGAAAUCAAACAGAUAAAGAUGUUUAAAGGGUUUGAGAAAGUCAAGGAUGUUCAGUAUAUCUAUACACCUUUUGAUUCCUCUCUCUGUGGUGUAAAACUAGAAGCUAACAGCCAGAAGCAAUAUCUCUUGACUGGUCAGAUCCUCAGUGAUGGAAAAGUCUUCAUCCAUCUGUGUAACUACAUCGAACCUUGGGAGAACCUGUCCUUUUUUCAGAGAGAAAGUCUGAAUCACCACUACCAUCUGAACUGUGGCUGCCAAAUUACCACCUGCUAUACAGUGCCCUGUACCAUCUCCGCCCCCAAUGAGUGCCUCUGGACAGACUGGCUGUUGGAACGGAAGCUCUAUGGGUACCAGGCCCAGCAUUAUAUCUGCAUGAAGCAUGUCGAUGGCACCUGCAGCUGGUACCAGGGCCGCCUGCCCCUCAGGAAGGAGUUUGUUGACAUCAUCCAGCCCUAGUAUGGGCCAAUGACCACCACUUUCCUUCAAGAGUCCUGAAGCCUAAGCCAGUUCUCCUUCCCUGUGGAGCUCUGGCCGUCACCACCUGUUUCAUCACUGCCAGCCAAUGGGAAGUACCAAGUAGAUGAUCUGGCUAGUGUUAGGGCAGGGAUGGGGCUUGUUACAACUUGUAUCCAAAUACCAUCCCAGAACCUGUCAAAGGCCAGGAAAAGUCACUUGACUUUUCUAGCCUGCCUUUAGCCCAUCUCCCCUGCUUCCCAAACCCUUUCAGUCUAGCUAAGCCCUGCUACUGAAGUUUUGAUUCUGGCUUAGUUUAUUUUCUAUAGCCAGAACUAUUCACUUUUCUCCCUGGGAGAAUGUGUUUUCUCUUACUGUAACUGAUCUGAUAAGGGAGAAAUGGUGAUUAUUAUACAUAUGAGAUGAUGUGGCCUUGUGAUGUACAAUACCAGAAGGUGGGCUGACAGAAUCAGAAACAAGCUGAUUUGGAGGAGUGAAAAGAACAAUACACUAUGGCUGUAUGUCCUCUACUCAUGUCCCACUCAUCCUAAUCCUCUCAUAUACUUUCAUCUGUUUGGGGGAGAGACUUGAGGGGUACAGAGUCAUUCAGGGGGAGACCUGCAGUGGCCUAACCUUCCCCCACAUGCUGUAAUUCCCCUCUACGUCAUUCCUGGCAGAAGAUCUGGCCCAGUUAGCAUACCUCUGUGGACAAGAAUAGACUUAGGUAUUACCUCUCCAGGUUAAUUAUCCUUAAUGCCUUCAACUGAUGUGCAUAAAGCUUCUCCUGUUUCUUUUAGAAAGUCCUUCUCUACUCAAUUACUAAUGUUUUCAUUCCUAAUUCAGAAUUUUUUUAAGCCAAAAAAAAAAAAAAGCCUUUCUCUUGUAGAGAUGAAAUUCCCCUUUAGCUCUUAAUACCUCAGAGAGAUCUUAGGAGGUCCUCUCUUGAGGGAAAAUUUCAGGAUAGAGGACAGGAGAGAAAUAACACAAGGGCCCUUGGGGGAAAAAGAUGGUAGAUGGGGA